ACUGGUAACUAACUUAGUGCUGGCUAUGUUGUGAUCACAUUAGUUAGCUGAGGUGCUACUGUCAUCAUUGUUAGUUAGCUAGCUAGUUAGCCACAAUUAGCUAGCUAGUUAGCCACAAUUAGUUUAGCUCGUAUUAUUCGGGAUCAUCGUGACAUUAGCUGGCGAGCAGCUGUGAAGAGUUAGAAUGCGAAGGGGAACUGCUUUUUAGUUUCGUAUUCACUGAAUGUAUAACUAGCAUUUAUGUGAAUAUUUACAGCGUGUUUGGCUCUCCUGAAUUAACCCAGUGAAUGAAUAUCUAACUCGACUCCCUCCGUCAUGUCAGAUUAUGAAUGGUGAGUAAUCUGGGGUGGAUGUCUCUGCAUUGGUGAUGGCAGCACGUCCAGUCAUAUGAUAGCAACUCAAGUGACACUGAGAAUUGGGAACGAAAAACAACCGACCUCGCAAACUCUGCAAGCACUCGAGCGCUCAGUCGUGUGCAUCUCGACUAGAGGCAGGCCUGGUGAAGAUGAGCCUGCAUGGUGCUAGUGGGGGCAAUGACCGCUCACGCGACCGCCGCCGCUCCAGCGACCGCUCCCGGGACUCGUCGCACGAGAGGGGAGAGGGCCAGCUCACACCCUGCAUCAGAAAUGUCACCUCGCCCACCCGCCAGCACAACAGCGACCGUGAGAGGGACGGUGGCUCCAGGCCCAGCAGCCCCCGUCCUCAGAGGAUUUCCCCCAGCAGCUCCAGUAGUAGCGGGGUGGUCAGCAGCCGUAAUAGCAGCCUGUCCAGCACUGAGGGCUGCUUUAAGAGCCUGGGAGUGGGAGAUAUGGUGUUUGUCUAUGAGAAUAGCAAGGAGGGACUGGGCACGGGCCUGGGUACCCGCAGCAUCCGGACCUCAGGCUCCGAGAGGGUCACUCUUAUAGUAGAUAACACACGGUUCGUGGUGGACCCUUCAAUCUUCACAGCACAGCCCAAUACCAUGCUGGGCAGAAUGUUUGGAUCUGGAAGGGAACACAAUUUCACACGGCCCAAUGAAAAAGGAGAGUAUGAAGUUGCCGAGGGCAUCAGCUCUACGGUGUUCCGAGCCAUCCUGGAUUACUACAAAUCUGGGAUAAUCCGUUGCCCUGAUGGAAUCUCCAUCCCUGAGCUGAGAGAGGCAUGUGACUAUCUGUGCAUCACCUUUGACUACAGCACCAUCAAGUGCAGAGACCUCAGUGCCCUCAUGCAUGAGCUGUCUAACGACGGUGCCCGGCGUCAGUUUGAGUUCUACCUGGAGGAAAUGGUUGUGUCUCUGAUGGUGGCCAGCGCCCAGAGCGGAGAGAGAGAAUGCCACAUCGUGGUGCUCACUGAUGACGACGUAGUGGACUGGGACGAAGAGUACCCACCACAGAUGGGAGAAGAGUACUCACAGAUAAUAUACAGUACAAAACUAUACCGGUUCUUCAAGUAUAUAGAAAAUCGAGAUGUUGCCAAAUCAGUUUUAAAGGAGAGAGGACUGAAGAAAAUAAGAUUAGGCAUUGAAGGUUACCCCACGUAUAAAGAGAAGGUGAAGAAGCGUCCUGGUGGCCGUCCUGAGGUCAUCUACAACUACGUCCAGAGGCCCUUCAUCCGCAUGUCCUGGGAGAAGGAGGAGGGCAAGAGCCGCCAUGUUGACUUCCAGUGUGUCAAAAGCAAGUCCAUCACUAACCUGGCUGCAGCUGCUGCAGAUAUCCCCCAGGACCAGCUGGUCAACAUGCACCCUGGCCCUCAGGUGGAUGAGCUGGACAACCUCCCCAACCAGCCCCCUAGCGGACCCCAGUACAGCAACAACUACAACAACGACCCCGGUGACCCAGAUGCCCCCUCGCCUGCAGUCUGAGGACUGCCCCCUCCCUGACACUCCCUCCCCAGCGUACCGCAGCAUGGAGCUAGAGGGGCAUCAUAACCAUAUUGCCUUGGCACCUCCUCCGCAGCCUUAGAGCCUCAAGGAUCUGGUCGACUGUAAAAACCCUAUAAGGGACUAGACUGGCAAAAGGGCAUAUUUCUCUUAUUUCUUAAAAUAAAAUACUUGACCAAAGGAAUUUAUUUUUCUGUUAAUUGUUUGAAAUAAAUUUAGCAAACCCAAUUAUUUUAUUAUUAUUAUAUAUUGUUAUUGUACAAUGGUUAUUGGGCUGUGCACUGGUGUUACUGUGUUCUCCUCCUGAGUUUUAUUUCAUGUGCAGUUCUGGGCAUACUUCCUGGAUGGCAAGACUAGUGAAUACUGUAACUGUUCGGGGAAUAGGUGCAGAGCGGGAUGCCUGGCCAUGGAGAAAAGCCUCUGAUUUUAUCACCUUUCAGUGGAAAUUACUGUUGAAUUCCCCUCAGAUAUACUUUGAAUCAUGUAAGGGUUGGUUGACAUCAUAGAAUUGGUAAUGUGAUGCUGUGCUCUAUGCUCCCUAAAUAUUUAGCAUGAUAUAAAGACAUUCAAAUCA